UAUGUAGAACACUGAAUGAGUAGACCUUGGUGAGUUGAGUCAUAGAAGGGUGAAUCUGGUCAUAACAGACGUAAUUUAAUCGACCGAUUUGUAAUCCAAACAAAAAGUCCAAAUUCACUACCUAUUCUAUUGGUGCUCCGACUCUGUACUGAGUGUGCCUUCCUCGACGCUAGCGUCUUUCUUUAUAAGACCCGCUAAGAUCUUGGCGUGUAGGGAUGAGCUCAACAACCGACCGCCUACAGUAAGGUUCUCUUCCAUCCACCACGGAAAACGGACCAAACGGCAACAUCACGGUGCGCGGGGAGUUAUGGCGAAUAAUCUAGAUCCCCGACUGCAGUCGGCAGCUCCUCUCCCUCCUCCAAGCACUCCCUCCAACUUCCGUGCUCCCAAUCCCAUUGCUGCCAACUCCACCAAUUCGCAAUCACCGCAACAGCAGCAGCAAUACCCUCCUCUUCAGGAAGCAUCGCACUAUGCGCCUCAACCUCACCAUCCCCAGCUAACACCGGAGAAUGGACCUGCAACUCCGGCAAGUGGAGGGGGUUCAAAGCGACCGAGAGCAUGCGAGCCGUGUCGACGUAAGUACUUUCCAUCCCAUCCCAUCCCAUCGCCGCGCGCACGCUCAGGCAGAGCUCUGCUAACCGCUCUCUUCCACUAUUCAGAUCUGAAGGUCAAAUGCAUUGCGAGUGCUGUCCCUGGCGGGCCUUGCGAAAGAUGCGCUAAAGCAAACAAACAAUGUCAAACAAACCCACCGAGUCGCAAGCGUCAAAAGAAGACGGACACGCGCGUCGAAGAAUUGGAGAGAACCGUCGCGCAGUUGAAGGCUUCUGCUCAUCAACCCGGCAGUCAAGAUGGAGGCAACGAUGCCGAACCAAAUACGGCAGCCCUUCAUACUGCACAUAACCCAUACCAACAAGUUACCAAUGGCGGCUACAAUCACUCUUUUGCGCCCCCUUCCAAGUCGCAAUCCACGCAACCGGAAUUUGCUGGAUACCCAAAAGUUCCUGAACAAUAUUCGAUAAGUUCACCAUCUGUGGCUCCAAUGGUAGUUGCUGGCCAGAAGAGACGACAUACAGAAUCACGCGAGUCUUCGGGACCGAUUGAUCCAUCGUUAUCGAGUGGCGGCUUCACUAAAUCCUCUCUCGAUAAAUCAGGUGGCCCGCAUCAAUACGGAGGAGUCAGCGAUGCUUCAUCGGCACCGAAGGCUGCCCAAACCCAUGAAUAUGCUGAUGUUGUGGAUAGAAAUCUACUCUCGGCGGAGAAGGCUUCAUUGUUAUUUGACACUUACGUUACGAAGAUGGCACCUCACCUCCCUGCUGUUGUCUUUCCAAAAGGCACCACUGCGGCAGAGAUACGAAAGACCAAGCCAACACUUUUCCUUGCAAUUCUUAGUGCUAGCUCUGGAAUGAUAUUCCCGGAGUUGCAACGCACUUUGACUAAAGAGGUGAUGAGCAUAUAUGCCGAACGCAUCAUCAUGAACGGGGAGAAGACUCUCGAAUUGAUCCAGGCUCUUCAUAUCAGUACGCUGUGGUACUGGCCUCCUGAGCAUUUCGAGGAGCUUAAAUUCUACCAAUUUAUUCACAUUGCAGCAGUUAUGGCAAUUGAUAUCGGCAUGGGCAAGAGAAAUAAGCCAAAAAAGGCCAAAUUUGCUGGUUUAUGGAGAGACAGCCCUUGGAGACGUACACCAUACCCAGACCCUGAAAGCGCCGAAGCAAGAAGGGCGUGGUUGGCAUGUUAUUUCCUGUGUUGCACGGCAUCCAUGGGUCUUCGUCGACCAAAUCUCAUUCGCUGGGGCCCAUUUAUGGUUGAUUGCAUUGAGUUUUUAGAAACCUCUCCUGAAGCAGCCCCCUCUGAUAAAAUUCUCUGCCAGUGGGUCCGAAGCCAGCAUAUUGCAGAAGAUGUGGGCACUCAAUUUUCCAUGGAUGACCCAAUGGCCACUAUUACCAUUGCUGAUUCCAAAGUCCAAUACGCUUUAAAGGGAUUUGAGCGAGAUUUGGAGAAAUGGAGCGAUCAAGUACCGCCCGAGGCUCAAUCAAGUAAGCUUCCCUUUGGAGAAUUAACUACAUAGUCGACCACUAACUUUUUUCGAUAGUCGAUCUUCAAAUGACCCAGCAUGUAGUCAGUCUAUACGCCCAUGAGGUUGCUAUGCAUGUUGAUCAUAAUGUUGAGGAAUUCAAGCCACCAUUCACGGAAGAAACUCUUGCUGGAUUAGGAGAAAGAGAGGUCGAUAAGCUCACCACUGCUCAUAUCGAUGCCCUCUCUACCUGUUUGAUGUCGAUUGAUGGAAUUUUGGAGAGCUUCCUGAAAUUUGAUGUUGAGACUUCCAGAUGUCUUCCUGUUUACAACUUUAUUCGAGUAGCAUACGCCGUUGUAGUUCUCAUCAAAAUGUACUUUGCGGCAGCUACCCCAAACUCGGAGCUAGGUAAGGUCAUCAACAAGGAUCACAUGAAGGUUGAACACUAUUUGGACACCUUGGUCGAUACCUUUCGCAAAUCCGCCGCGGACGACAAAUCAAGGCCAUCUGCCAAAUUCCUGAUGGUGCUUCUCAUGUUAAAAACAUGGUUUCAUCGUCAACGAGAAGGUAAGGCCGUACCUCAUACGGAACCUGGUUCCUCCGCGACCCUUUUGACCGCCGACUCGGCUCCACCACCCACGGAGGAGGCGGAUACGAAAGGUCGUGAUCAGAAUGGCACAGCACAGAAUGGGCAACAGAAUUUCAACCAAGUUAGCAAUCUUCAACUUCUUAGCGAAGUUGCAACCAACAAUUCUCGGGGUGAGUCUCGAGGCGAAAGCGGUGGCGGACAGUAUACAGGCUCGGCAAAUGAUUGGCAACAAAUGCAACAUCAGCAACAACAACAACAGUUUACAGAUUAUGAUUCAAUGAAUCCAAUGUCGGCCCAGCAAAACUAUGGUACGAUGCCUGGAGGCCUUGAUCCUUCCCUUGGCCUGGAGUUAGGUUAUGCCAUGGGUGAUGGUUUCGAGCAAGCGAUCGGAAUGACUCUCGGAGCUGGUGAUGGAAACUACUUUAACGAAAACGCUUUUUUUGGCAAUCUCAUGGGACCGAAUGGAUUUGAUGGCUUCUAAUGUUGGGUAUCAAGUUUCGUCUGUCUCGAUCAUCGACUGCGUCAUCUGUGCACAAUAGGGAUAUGUUUGUAUCAUGGUGGAAGCACAAGUGCAAUGACGUUGAUGAUGCCCUUUACUGGGAGUUUAUUGUUAA